AUGCAAUCAAAUGAAGAACAAACGUUGGAAAUGUUAUCGGAUGAAGAAUUUCAAUCUAUAUUUCGUAUGUCACGAAAAACUUCAAUUGCUUUGCAAGCUGAAUUAGAUGUUUUGUCAAACAUCGAUAAUGAAUCAACAGAUAAAAAUCUCCUUUUUUGUUUGUGGUAUCUUGGAAAUAACGAGCCGAUUACCUCAGCUCCGCAUAUUUUUGAUUUAAACGAAGAUGCCGAAGAAGUAUUAAUGGUUUAUUUAGAUAAAUUAACCUCGUUGGGUGCAAAUUAUAUAAAGUGGCCUGAUGAGGAAGAAUUCGAACAAAUCGAAGUUGGUUUUAAAAGGAUGUAUGGUUUCCCUGGGGUUGUUGGAGUGAUAGGAAGCUUACAUAUUCACAUUGCGUCCCAAGGAAACGAUAGUAAAUAUUAUAAUAAAGAAAUGAAGGGUGAUACAAUCGUUCUUCAAGUUGUGACGGAUAAUAAUUUGUUAUUAAGGGAUGUUUUUGCUGGAUCACCAGGUGGAAAAGACGUUGAAACUAUUCUAAAAUCAAGUGGUUUAUAUCAAAAAUUAAUAGAUGAAAACGAAUAUUUAACUCGGUGUAAUAAACAUUUAUUAGGAGGAACAUUACAUCCGCAAAUGAAAACGUUGUUAACACCUUACAAAGUAUUGGGCGAAUUAACGGAAAGGCAGUGUAAAUUUAAUUAUUUGCAUAAUUCGGUUAUGUUUAAUGUAGAACAAACUUUUCGAUGUAUGGAAAAUCGGUUUCUUCGAUUAACAACAGUUGAUUCGCUAGAUCCUUUACUCUGUUCAUCGGUUGUUAGUGCAAUUUGUAUUUUACAUAAUUUUACUAGAGUUAGAAAUGAUAAUUGUAAUAUUUAUAUGUAA